AUGCUGGCGCAAAUCCAUCGUAACAAGCGGACCGCCGCUCUUGCCUCGGUCCUCUUCAUCGCUCUACUCAUCUACACCUGGCACUCGCUGAAUCUCGAAUCGCUGCUGCCCGCGCCCCUGCUGCACGGCGGCCACGACCAGGUCCCCGUCGUUGCCGUCCGCAUGCACGAUGUGACUUGCCCAGGACCCAUUGGCGAGCAGCUCCCCUCGAAGCGCAUCCCCGUCGUUCGCGGCCGCAACGUCUCCAGCACUACGCACGGCCAGACUCUCGCCGUCCCCAAGGUCGUCGUCCUCAUAUUCUAUGGCCGCCGCAGCACCGUCUCCAUUCUCGAUUGCUACCUCAAGCGCAAUCUUGCUAGCAACGGCGGUCUCAUCGACGAGGUCAUCUGGUUGCGUCGCACCGAACAGCAAGAGGACCUCGAGUUUCUCCAAAAACUCCUCGACUCCGAGCCUCGCUACAGCAAACGAGAUGUUGACCGCACGGAAGCCUCGGGCUUUGCCAGCGCCUACAAUGACUUGGACGACGACACGCUCUACGUCAAGAUUGACGAUGACGUGGUCUUUAUCGAUGACAACGCCCUCCUCUCCCUCAUCUGCACCAAGCUCACACAUCCCGAGUACUACAUCGUCUCCGCCAACGUCGUCAAUCAGCCUAUGAUAAGCUGGCUGCACUGGAACCUCGGCGCCGUUCUUCCCUACCUGCCCGACACCAAGAGUGCUUACCCCAAGCUCAAGCCCGGCGAGCGUGUCAACUGGCGCGCCUCCACCCUGCCUGACUACAAGGGCCCCCAAGACCUCAACAUACUCGAGUGGAACUCGCCUGAGAAAAAGAAGCACCGAUGGCUUCCCAUUCGCAAUCGCAAGGACCACAUUCUUGACGGCACUCCCAUUGUCAACACCGAGUACAGUGCCUUUGGCAAGGGCCUUGGUCAUUGGCAGAUUGCUGCCCAGCAGCAUUACAGUUUCUUUGAGAACUUGGAGAACAAGCAGCUUCACAAGUACAAGUUCAAUGUCUGGGACUUCCAGCUGAAGCGUCUAGGCAUCCAAUUCAUGGCCGUCAUGGGCAAAGAUAUCAACGGCGCAAAGCCCAUCGGCCAGGACGACGAGCAGCACUUUUCCGUCACCAUGCCGGAGAGGUCGGGCCGCGCUGCCGUGGCAGAUGGUAGAGCCAUUGUCGCGCAUUACAGCUUUGGUCCGCAGUCUGAGCAAUUGCCCACAACAGAUAUCCUGGACCGGUAUCGGUCAUAUGCGGCAGAGAAUAUCUGCCAAAAACCCAUGCUUUGGUCGCCGGAAGAUGAUAUCGCCAAGGCGCCGUCCUCAUGA